CCGCAGUGCACCGGGCAACCUGGUCAGCGGGCAGCAUGGGGAAGGGGGGGAACCAGGGCGAGGGGGCCACCGAGCGCGAGGCGCAGAUGCCUACCUUUAGCUGGGAGGAGAUUCAGAAGCACAACCUGCGCACGGACAAGUGGCUCGUCAUCGACCGCAAGGUCUACAACGUCACCAAAUGGUCCAGCCGGCACCCCGGGGGCCACCGGGUCAUCUCGCACUAUGCAGGGGAAGAUGCUACGGAUGCCUUCUUCGCCUUCCACCGCGACCUUGAUUUAGUGCGCAAGUUCAUGAAGCCUCUGUUGAUCGGAGAGCUGGCCCCGGAGGAGCCCAGCCAGGAUCGCACCAAGAACUCUGAGAUCACCGAGGACUUCCGGGCCCUGAAGAAGACGGCCGAGGACAUGAACCUGUUCGAGAGCAACCACCUGUUCUUCUUCCUCCUCCUGGCCCACAUCAUUGUCAUGGAAAUUAUUGCCUUGUUCACCAUCUCUUACUUUGGCAAUGGCUGGAUUCCAACCCUCAUGACGGCCUUCAUCCUUGCUACCUCUCAGGCCCAGGCUGGGUGGCUGCAGCACGAUUACGGCCAUCUCUCUGUUUACAAGAAAUCCACGUGGAACCACAUCGUCCACAAGUUCAUCAUUGGCCACUUAAAGGGUGCCUCUGCCAACUGGUGGAACCAUCGCCACUUCCAGCAUCAUGCCAAGCCCAACAUCUUUAGCAAGGAUCCAGAUGUGAACAUGCUGCAUGUGUUUGUCCUGGGAGAAAGGCAGCCGGUUGAGUACGGCAAGAAGAAGCUGAAAUACCUGCCUUACAACCACCAGCAUGAGUACUUCUUCCUGAUUGGGCCACCGGUGCUUAUCCCCUUGUACUUCCAGUACCAGAUUAUCAUGACCAUGAUUGUUCGUAAAGACUGGGUGGACUUGGCCUGGGCCUUCAGCUACUAUGCCCGUUUCUUCAUCACCUUCAGCCCUUUCUACGGUGUCCUGGGAGCCAUUCUUUUCCUCAACUUUAUCAGGUUCCUGGAGAGCCACUGGUUUGUGUGGGUCACACAGAUGAACCACAUUGUCAUGGAGAUUGACCGCGAGCCCUACCGCGACUGGUUCAGCACCCAGCUGGCAGCCACCUGCAACGUGGAGCAGUCCUUUUUCAAUGACUGGUUCAGCGGGCACCUCAACUUCCAGAUUGAGCACCACCUCUUCCCCACCAUGCCCCGGCACAACUUGCACAAGAUUGCCCCGCUGGUGAAGUCCCUGUGUGCCAAGCAUGGCAUUGAGUACCAGGAAAAGCCGCUGCUAAGGGCCCUGAUGGACAUCAUCGGGUCCCUGAGGAAGUCAGGGCAGCUGUGGCUGGAUGCCUACCUCCACAAAUGAAGCUGCAGCCCUCGGGGCACCCACGGGGAAGGGGGAGCAGGAGGGGGUGACGGGCCGAAGGGAAGGGUGGGGUUUUGUCCUGAGGGGGGUCGUGGGGCUCCGGUACACGCUGGCUCCCA